GCUGUCCAGCGGCCGCCAUUAUUCUUCCUGGCUUGACGCUCAAGAUAAAGACGGUUUAUUACUUUAAAAACGUUACAUAUCUGGAUAAACUGUUACAGUCUGUUUGGUGCUGUCGGCUGGCCGCCCGUUGAAGCAGUAACGCAUCCUGAGCACAGUAUGGAAAGACGCUCUCAUACUACAAGUCCCCUUCCCUUGGCCUCCCUUCGCCUGAUGGCGUCUCCUCUGCAGCUGACGUAUUCGUACAUAUGGCAGGUUGUACGGCAGAAAAACGUGAAGCAGUAUGGGAAAGUGGAGCAGUUCGUGACAAUGGUGACACAGACUGUUCCUGACCUCAUGAGUUUCAAACAGACUGCCCAGCUGAUCUUGGGGCUGAGAGCAAGGAUCAUUUUGGAUUUGCUUCACAAAGAGGGUCCACCGGACUCCAAAGCGAUUCAGACUCUCAUAAAUAAAUUAAAGAUCUCCACAUCAUCAGGGAAGGACGCAGAGGUGGAGAAAUCUCAAACAAACUUCAUGGUGCUAGUCCAGAAUCUGCUUAAAAACCCUGCUGAGAGGAAACACUUCUUCCAGGACGUGUUUCCUGUUCAGUAUGGCACAAAGUUUGACACUGCGCUGCAGGCUCUGAUUGCAGGCCUGGUAUGCAAGCUGGAGCAACUUCUUCCUAUACCCAAUCUCUCCCAGCUUGGUGCCAUGAUUUCAACGGAGCCAAGUGUCCUGGAGGCAUGUGGAGGCUUCAUCCCUGAUUCAGGGGAUCUGAAGACUCUCCUCCUACACCAGCAGGCCAAAGGACUCCUUGGUGUUAAAGCCACUAUCUCAUCUUCAGUUGGAGACUGUGUCCUUUCUUCACUUUCCUUUCGGCCCAAACCUGUAGAUCCACCACCAGAGUCUCCAAAGAGAUUAGAGGUCACCCCUAAAGAAACAAACCAAAUUUCCCUCAGUGACACCGAAGAUGUGGGUGGAAGUUCAGAUGACCCUGACAGCCCAGUAGUCCCCGUUUACAGACCUCAGCUCAGAGGGCGGUAUGGUUAUAAAACACUUGAUAGCACCACAGCAAAGGAAAAAACUGUUCCCACAGCUCAGAGGGAGAAUUUGGUGGAGAAGAAGAGUUCUACACCAGAACAGCCUGCCACAGCCCCGCAAAGCGAAGAGAAUGAUGCACCACCACCUCCACUAUCACAAGAAGAGAAAUCAACCCCACAGCCACUGCCUUUGAAAUCAAUCCCUUUCAGGGUAGUUCAGGUGCCGAGCAAACCUGCUUCCACUUUGCAAAAUGCAGACAGUGUGGCUACAAAAAAUGGCCAAAAGCCCCAGACUCAACGCGUUACAUUACACCAGUGGGUGUCACAGAUUGCCUCUAAUUCUCUGUCACUCCCUGCCCUGCCUCCUCUUCCUCCACCCAGGCUGUGUGCUGGAGAUGACAUGAGGCCGAGCAUAAGAAGAAAAAAGCAAUUUAGGCCUCUAGGUGACAGGUUUACUUGCAGUGUGUGUGAUAAGAGCUUCCCCUAUCAAUCCAAGCUGAUGGACCACGAACGAAUUCAUACAGGAGAGAAGCCUUUCCUCUGCACGGCAUGCAACAAAAGUUUCCGUACGCAGGCAUUUCUCAACAACCACCUCAAGACCCACAGUGCAGCUCGUCCUUAUGCUUGUGGCCAGUGCGGCAAGUGUUUCACUAAACUGCAGAGCCUGACGAAGCACAUUCUCGCCCACAGCGGGCAAAAACCCUUUUAUUGUAACAUCUGCAACAAGGGCUUCACGCAGUCCACCUAUUUCAAAAGACACAUGGAGUGCCACACAAGCCAGAUGACGUUCCCCUGCAAGCACUGCAGCAAAAUCUUCCCUACGGCUUUUAAACUGUCGAACCAUGAGCGCUGGCACACCAGAGAUCGCCCUCACAUGUGUGAGCGCUGUGGGAAGAGAUUCCUUGUUCCCAGCCUGCUGAAGAGACACAUGGGCUACCACAUUGGUGACCGCCAGUAUCUCUGCUCCCAGUGUGGGAAGACCUUUGUCUACUUGUCUGACCUGAAGAGGCACCAGCAAGACCAUGUGCCCAAAGCAAAGAUCCCAUGUCCUGUCUGCCAAAAGAAGUUCUCCAGUAAGUACUGCCUGAGGGUUCAUUUGAGGAUCCACACCAGAGAGAGACCCUACCGGUGCACUAUAUGUGAAAAGACCUUCACUCAGGUUGGAAAUCUGAAGGUCCACAUCAGGUUGCACACCAACGAGCGUCCCUUUAGCUGCGAUGUGUGCGGGAAGACCUACAAGCUGGCGUCCCAUCUGAAUGUCCACAAAAGGACCCAUACGUGCAAGAAACCUUGGACGUGUGACACAUGCGGGAAGGGCUUCUCUGUCCCUGGCCUUCUGAAGAAGCAUGAGCAGCUGCAUACGAGGGAAGCCAACCCUGAUUUCUCUGGUAAACGGAGGCACAGGGGUAAGCAAAAGAAGCUGUCCCUCAAGAGGAAGUUUGAUGAAGAAGAAGAAGUCAGCGAUGAUUAUUAAUUUAAAAAAAAACAAAAAAAAACGGUUUUUAAGGUAAAGGCUGAUCACUGACACAUUUAAGUGAUGUUGGGCAUUACUGAAUCUUAAGACCAGAAUUAUAAUUUGAGUUGUACUGAGUGCCAGCGGGCUCUAAACAGUGCCUGAUCAGUUGCAGCAUCUUCAUAAAGAGUCCACUGUUUAUAUUUUUAAAAUAAGGCAAAUUGACUUUAGGUGGGGAAGUUAGUCAGAAUGUCACAUUGUCAGGAAAAGAAGGUAUCCAAGAAAAUUUCUGAUUUUGAAGUUAAAUGUUGGUAAUCAUUUUAUGUACACGGAAAGUGACUGUCAUUGAUAGUUGUGGAGAAAAAAAUAUUUUCCAAGCAUCAUGCUUUUUGAGAGGCUAUCUAAAUAUAGCAAACAUUUAAAAGGUGAUUAUCAUGUAAACGAUACAAGUAUUUCAGCGCAUGUGACUGUAGAUAAAUUGCUGUGUAAUAAUGCUGUAGUGUUGCCAGGAAACAUUUUAACUUGUGUCCUUGUGGAAAUUGUAGUGAUUCAAACUACAUUCACCGCAUGUUUUUUUUUUGUUUGUUUUUUUUAAAACAUGAAUGGUAAGCCUUUCAACUAGUUUUUAUUUAGAGUGAUAUGAUUUGUGUAUUUGUGACUUAAAACUGCUAGUGUUUUUUUGGUGGUCACGUAACACCAAGAAACAAACAACCUUCAUUUAAUUUGAGUACAACCAUUUAACAUUAUGCAAACAUGUGAUGAGGUUGUUCUGUGAAUACAGUCUCUGUUUAUAUAACCCCCAAAGGAAUAUACCUAC